UAAUUAACUUGUCUCCUUGUUUGAAAGUUCGCUGAUUUGCAUUAUGCGCAGACUGGGAAAACCUGGACAUGACCAAUCACAUCCCCGUCAAUGACCAUGUUGAGGUUAGGUUCCGCCAGUCCACGCAAUCGUGGAGCAGCCCUAUCCUAGUCAAGGGAAACGACAUUUCCAUCUCGGGCAUCUCUCCUGGUCUCAACUACGGCCAGCAAUGCUACGAAGGCCUGAAGGCUCUUCGUCAAGCCCCAUCUACACCAGAUGGGGAGGAGAGCAUUGCUAUCUUCCGGCCCACCUUCCAUGCUACUCGCAUGGCAGGCUCUGCCGCUGCGGUCUGCCUUCCGCAGGUACCUGAGGAGCUCUUCUUGGAGAGUGUUCGCUUGGCUGUCGCCUCCAACGCAGAGUAUGUCCCGCCGGUAGAGUCUAGCGGCUUCCUCUACAUCCGACCCGUGCUUUUUGGUGCCUCUGAUGGCCUGCCACUCAAGCCAUGUGAGGAGACCGUUUUUGCUGUGUACUGCCAUCCUGCUCGAGCCUACCACGGCGUGCAUGGAAUUAAGGGCGUUGUAUGCGAAGAGUUCGAUCGUGCGGCUCCAAGGGGGAUGGGCCGGUUCAAGGUUGGAGGAAAUUAUGCACCGGUCUGGCGACACGCAGCCAAGGCCAUGAAGAUGGGUUUCCACAUCACACUGCAUCUUGACAGUGAGACGCAUUCGCUAGUUGAGGAAUUUGCCACCAGUGGCUUCAUUGGGCACAAACUCAUCGACGGCCAGGACGUGCUUGUGAUUCCCAAGUCAGAAAACGCCAUUGAGAGCGCAACCUCCACAAGUCUCAAAAUCAUCGCCGAGAGAGAAGGCUGGAGGGUUGACCAGUCUCCUCUCCCAUUUUCUUCGCUUGGAGAUUUGGAUGAAGUCAUUGCAGUUGGUACUGCAGCCGCAGCUGUUCCGAUCGCCACCAUAGAUCAGCUUUCUACAAACAAACAAUAUACCUUCAAGGCCACAAGCGAAGGGAAGCUUGUCGGUCUUGCACGUAUAAUGCUUGAUAUUCAACAAGGAAGGCGCCAAGACGUUGAUGACUGGAUGUUCGAGGUGACAGGUUUCUAAAGAUGCUUGGACACAUUUACCUCAUCCCUCAAGAAGCACAUGCAGCCCACGCCAUCGAGUGUAAUAUAUUU